CGUCGGCGGGCGGGGCCGGCGGGCGGCGGCGGCGCGCACAGCGGCGGGGCCGCGCACAGCGCCUGAGGAGCGCCGCCGCCAUCAUGCCCGGGCCCAGUCCCAGCGCCACCAACGUGGGCACCUCCGGCCGCUCGCCCAGCAAAGCCGUGGCCCCCCGCGCCGCCGGCUCCACCGUCAGGCAGAGGAAGAAUGCCAGCUGCGGGACCAGGAGCGCAGGCCGUGCCACGUCCACGGGGACCGGCGGGAUGUGGCGCUUCUACACCGAGGACUCGCCCGGCCUCAAAGUUGGGCCUGUUCCAGUUUUGGUCAUGAGUCUUCUUUUUAUUGCUUCUGUAUUUAUGCUGCACAUCUGGGGUAAAUAUACUCGUUCAUAGACUCAGCUGCCAACUUAAAGCAUACAUCUUGGACCAAAAAUAUGGUGGAUCCUGGUUGUUUUUGGAGAGAAAAUGGGGAAGCUUCCUGUCAUCUGUUGAAGUCCUUUCAACUUUGUCUCUAAUACAGAAUGAACUCAAUUUUCUAUGUGGUCAGAUGUUAAGGUCUGUCAUGGGUCAUUGUAUCCGUACACUUAGAAAACAGGUAUUAAAAUAAAAUUUGUAUAUGGAAAUGGAAA